AUGACAAAGCUGGAAAAUAUUCUAGCUUCAUUCAUGACUAGCACUCAGGCUGCUAUCACGUCACUGGAGGCAGGUCAGAUGAACCAGGGUGCCAUUUUGCAAGAUCUGCAGACCCAGGUGGGCAUCUUGGCCUGCCAAAACACUACCAGGGCACCGGGGACUCUGCCUACCACCACUAUCCCGAAUCCUCGGGAUCCUCACCAGCUCCAGCAGCUGGAUGCCAUUUUUACCAGGAGCGGUAAGACCAUAUCUGCUGAUCCUGUCCCGGCCAGACAGGAGGAACCACUACCUGCUUCAGCACUUCCAGCCGACGAUGUAGAAGUGCGGGUGGAGAAGGAAGCCCCUGCUCCCAAGCCACAACCAGUGGUUAAGGAGCAUGUACCCCAGCUUCCCUUCCCCACUCGCCUACACAAAGACAAGUUGGAGACUGAGUUUGCCAAGUUUAUGGCAAUGUUGAAGCAGCUCAACAUCAGCAUGCCGUUCGUGGAGGCACUGUCAAAGAUGCCCAAGUAUGCCAAGUUCAUGAAGGACCUUCUCACCAACAAGAAGAAACUUGGGGAUCUUUCGACAGUGAUGCUGAGCGAGGAGUGUUUUGCCAUCCUGCAGAACAAGCUGCCCGAGAAGCGAAAAGACCCAGGGAGUUUCACUAUCCCUCUUGUUAUUGGCAGCAUGCAUGUAGGAAAGUCCUUGGCGGACCUAGGCGCGAGCAUAAAUGUCAUGCCUUAUAAUUUGUUUAAGAAGCUAGGCCUAGGUGAACCUAGAACUACUAGGAUGAGCAUUCAGUUAGCUGAUCGUUCUAUCGUGCAUCCUAGGGGUAUCAUUGAGGACUUGCUUGUUAAUGUGGGUGCAUUCACAUAUCAUGUUGACUUUGUUAUUUUGGAUAUAAAUGAGGAUGUGGAUGUGCCUUUGAUUCUGGGUAGACCAUUUCUUGCCACCGCCAAGGCACUUAUUGAUGUGCAUGAUGGUAAACUGAUCUUGCGUGCUGGGAAUGAACAUGCUACUUUUUCUGUGACUGAAUUUGAUCACUGUGCUAUGAUUGCUGUCACGCCUGUACAUGCCAUUUCUGAUCAGGUACACGAGCCUGUCGUGUACCCUUCUGCACCUCUUAUUUUGCAGAACCCUCCUAUUAUUCCUUCGCCGCCACUCCAUCCAGCCUCACCUCUGAACAAAAAGCUCAAGGAGGAGUGGCGGCCGAAGCAGCAGGUUGCUAAGCCUGCACGGAAGAAGAGUGGAGACCACUAUGAGCUGGUCCCACCUCCUGCACCGCGACCACCCUGGCCGUCCGAGUACUCACUCGCCUGCAUCUUGCCAGAUGGCCAGAUCGAGCUGACUGAUGAUGGUGGUCACAUCCGUCGGGUGCAUGGCCACAACCUUAAGCUGUACCUCAAGAGCGACGUGGAUCCUCUCUUGGAGGCACCUGUUCCUUUACCUCCCUGA